AUGAAGUCCAUUGCGGUUUCCCUAGUGAUUGUCGCCAAGCGUGUUCCUUCUCCGCGCUGCGUUCCGCGUUCCGCGCGACUCUGGCCCGUGGCACUCCGCGUCCACCCCGCCUUGCCCCCGGGAACGCGCCCCUUGGCGAGCGUUACAGUAACGAGCGAACGUAAUAGAAUACCCUUGCCUCGCGCGGGCCUACUCUCCUCCGCCCACUCGCUAGCCGCCGCUUCCCCCUUCCGCACCGACUGCUGCGCCGCUCCGCCAAGCGCAGCGCGCGCUCCCCCCGGCAGGCGGAGGGCUUGGCGCGCAGCGGCUGCAGGGGGCGCGGGCGAGGCGGAUGCGGGGACGGCGCCGCUGGUGACCACUGCGGGCGAUGGCGCAGUGAGGGCGGUGUCUGCAACACGCUUCGGUCUCUUCCGCUCACCUGUGUCAUGCGGUGUAGAGAGCGCCACCAGCGCCCACGGGCUGCCAGUGGCGCUCUCAAGUGUUGCAGCGUCGAUCUUUCCCCACACCCUCCCCUUUCAGUGUUUGCAACACGGUCAGGCCUUUUCCGCUCGCCAGUAUGCGGGGGGGGUAGAGAGCGCAACGAGCGCCCACGGGCUGCCAGCCCCAGCAGUGGCAGUGCGCAAUCUGGUGGAGCAGGCGCAGUACGCACAGCGCAGCUCUGCUCCAUCAUGCCCCACUCGCACCACCGCCGCACGGGGUAUCCCCCGGGGUCACUUGUUGCGGGCAUGGAAUGGGAAAGUGGGUAAGCGGGAAGGGGGGAGAGAGAGGGGGGGGGUGGGAGGGGAGGUGGGGAAGGGGGAGGGGUGGGUGAGCGAGGUUGGAGCGGGGGUGGGAGUGAAUGUGCACGGGGAACGAGCGAGGAAGUGGACUCCCUCCAUUUACAUCCCCUCAUUUCACUGCCAUUCCCCCCUCUUCGUACUAGUCCAACCGCUUCAAUGCUUCCUCCGCAAGUGCUCUGCAGUGCCCCUUCUCUCUCCUGCCCUCCAACCAACUCCCCUAGACAACUCCCACCUCCUUCACCACCUGCACUUUUCCAACUGCUCCACAAUUCUGCCCUCGUGCCCAUGCACUCGGCUCUUCCCUCUCGCUCACAGGUCCCCUCGCGAGGUUGACUGCCACGUGUACCCGUGCCCCCCACUGUGCGUGCCCCCCACUGUGCCCGUGCCCCCCACUGUGCGUGCCCCCCACUGUGCGCAAGGCGGCCAAGGGUGGGGAGGCCCCAUCGCCGCCAUCCAACGCUUCGAUGCCCCCGUCGGGUCAGUGCCCCCGCCGUCCACCCUACGCGCUCCUGCUGCUGCCCCGCUCGCUCAUUACUUCACUCAGCUCAUGCUGCUGCACGCUCUCUUACCACCCCUCAAACCGCAUGUGCUCCAAAGAUCCCUGCCACGCCUUCACCUUCCCCCUUUUUCCUCUCUCUCUCUCUUCCUCUCCCCUCCUCUUCCUUCCCCUCCACUCCCCUCCAUUAUCCCUCUCAUCUCAACCCCCCUCUCCCCCCACCAGGCGAUGGAGAUAGAGAACGGGGUGUUCCUGGGGCCGGUGGGCUACCUCACCUUGCAGGGCCCCAUGGGCUUCACUGCUCGCCGCCUCGCCUUCACCUUCCACACACUCACCCUCAACCUCGGCCCGCUGCCGCCCUUCCAGGUCAGCCUGCCGUCCUUCCAGGUCAGCAUGCCGCCCUUCCAUACCAGCCUGCCGCCCCUCCAGAUCAGCAUGCCACCCUUCCAGGUCACCUGCGUCUUCCAGGUCAGCCAGCCGCCCUUCCAGGUCAGCCUACGCCCUUCCAGUCCUCCCCUUUCCCAUGGCACACGCUUCUCCUCCUCGGCCACAUGGCAGGGGGAGAUAGGCGGCGAGGAGGACAAGGGGAGGGUGCAAGGGGAGGGCAAGGCGGGCAGCAGGGACCCGUUCUUCACCUGGUUCUACGUAGACGAUUGCAUCGCUGCUGCCAGGGGCAGAGGCGGCGGUGCUGCUUCAGUCGGGCAACUUCAGUCGGUCGGGCAACUUCAGUCGGUCAACUUCAGUCGGUCGGGCAACUCUUUCCUCCCCUCCUUCAGUGUCCGCCACGCGUUCAGGUCUCUUGCGCUCACCUGUCUCAAGGGGAGUGGAGAGCGCAUCAGCGCCCACGGGCUGCCGGCCCAGCGCUGUGGUAGCAAGCAGUGCGCAGCCUGGUGGAGCGGGCGCAGCACGCGCAGCGCAGCUCUUCUCCAUCAUGCCCCGCUCGCACCACCUCCGCAAAAGACCUCGUGUUCCUGCUCUCCCCUCUCGGCAUGCACUCGCGCAACCUCCACUCGGACCCGGGGUGGAGCGGCCUUGCCAAUGCCCGCACCACCAUUUUUGGAGACCUCUGCUCCUGCCGGCCAGCCAGCAGGUAACUUGCUACUUGAUGCCAGGUACCAGGCACAGCACACGGGGUGGAACGAGCAGCAGCAGCAGCAGCAGCGGCAGCAGCAGCAGCAGCAGCAGCAGCAGCAGCAGCAGCAGCAGCAGCAGCAGCAGCAGCAGCAGCAGCAGCAGCAGCAGCAGCAGCAGCACCAGCACCAGCACCAGCACCGUGGUGGUGCAGAUUCGGGGGUGGAGCGGCCUUGCCAACGCACGUGCCACCAUCUUUGGAGUUCUCUACCCCCCCCCCGCCUCCGCCCAGCCAGCAGGUGCGAUUUCCACUCCUGCCGUGCCGCCCAGAUAGCUGCCCAUCAUUCCCUCCUCUCCUCCAACCCACCCCGCAUCGGAGUGGGCGCAUGGCUUCUAUCUAUGCGCCAGGACGGGGCAGCGCAGCAGCACACAUCUGCUCUCCUAGCUGCUCUCCGUGAGAGUGAGACUGGUCCCCCCCCACGAGACCGGUCCCCACGAGACCGGUCUAAUGUCUAUUCACCCAUCCACCUUUCAACCCGCCCAUUCAACCAUUCACCCGCCACCAACCCACCCAUUCACCCACCAAACCACCCACCCAUUCACCCUCCCACCCACCCACCCACUCACCCUCCCACCCACCCACCCACCUAUCCACCUAUUCACCCAUCCACCCAUCAAGCCACCUAUUCACCCGCCAUUCACCCACCCAUCCACCCAUCCACCCAUCCACCCACUCAUCCACCCAUCCACCCACCCAUCCACCCGUCCACCCAUCCACCCAUUCGCCCAUCCACCCAUUCACCCAUCCACACUUCUACCCACCCGCCCACCUCUCCACCCACCCGCCCACCAACCCACCCACCCACUCGUCCCCCCAUCCACCCACCCAACAAUUCACCCACCCACGAGACCACCCACCUGCCCACCCGACGUGCCCGCCCACCUGCCCACCCGGCCAUCCACCCCUAG